UUUUCCUGAGGCAAAUGUAAACCUGUAAUGGAAAUGCUUUCUAAAGCCUGGAUUGUUUGCUGAAACGGUGUGAGCAGAAGUAGAUUCCUGGUGGUAUAUCCCCUCUGACUUUCAUCCCCAGAUGAAAUCUUGGGUCACCAAUAGAUUCUGUUAAGGUUAAUUGUAUUAUUUCUAUUUCAGUCUGGGUCUGUUAGCAGCUUGGAGGAUCUGAAGUCCCAUCAUAAGAGUGUUUUGCAGAGAAAGGGAGCAGAUUUGCUAUUUACAUGCAUGGCUUUUUUUUACAGAAAGUGUACAGUUGUGUAUUUGAAUUAGGUUUUCAACAUGAUCAUUGAGGUGAUGAAGAGCCAAACCAGGAGAACAAACUUGCUGCCUCCCACAGGAGAAACUGAAAGCCUGGUAACUGCUUGUCGGUGUUGUACAUGAAUUCUGUACUGAGGUUUUGGGAGGAGACUACAGACAGAGAAAUGCAGUGGCUCAACCAUGUCCUGUGCCCUUUCUUCACCAAAACUAAGAGAAAAUGUUAGUUGAUAAUGACUUCUCCUUUCUUCUCCUUUUUGAUUUUAAAAACUUCAAAGUCAGAAUAGCUUUACCCAUAUAAAGUUGCUCCAGAAGACAGGAUAACUUUUUGUUGCUUUUUUGUUUGCUUUUGUGGAGUGGGGAGAAAUGUUACUCAUGGCUAAAAUAUUGCUGGUUUUCAAAUUUUGCAUUUUACAGUUAUAAUUCUAAUGUCAGGGUAAUGUUUCUGAGAGUCCACAUAUUUCUACAUCCUCUGCUGCCUUCCAUUUGGAACUGAGAAGUUUUAGUUUGUGUGUUAGCCAGGAAAAGGUUUGUAUGACAGAAUUGUAAAAACAUCAGAAAACUACAAUAAGUGGCCGAGUGCUAGAAAAGAACCAUGCUCUUAUUUGGUAAACUUAGAGUAUUAAGAGGAUAAAAUAUGUGAAUGCUCUCUUAAAAAUUCAGAAUCCAGUAACAGAAUUAAGUUACUUCAGCUGGAGUCUAGGAAAACCUUCCAUGUGAUCAACUCCACUACUUGGAAUAAGAGCAGAAGGUCAAGCCAUUAAUUUGUAAAUGCUCAUUAAUAAUUUUUACAACCUCACACAUAAUUUAGAUGCUUUAGAGCUGACAAAAACUAGCAGCAAAAGGGCUGGAAAAAAUCUCGUUAUCUUUCCAUUGCCAGCACCAUAGAAUUCAGUCACUGUACCAAGUCUGUAAAUAUAACAGGAAGGAUUUCACAGUCUGUGCAUGCAGAACUUCUGCUGUGCCGUGGUUCAGCAGAAGGCACUGGUCUGAAAUCACCAUUUCCUGGCUGCUUUGGGAAGUCGUGUGGCGUGGGGAGAGUUAAGGUGUGGAGGUGGAAACACGUGUUGCUGCAGAGGAACACCAGAGCCCCAGUGGUGUCCUGCAGAGAGGGCUGGGGAGCAUCUGCACCCGUCACAUCUGCCUGGGGUUUGGGCCACCAUCAGCAACAUGAGGCAUCAGAUAGACCUGCUGGCCACCGUCACGGUUUUGGGAGUCUUGGAGCAAGCCUAUUUCACACUGCAGGUGAUCUAUGCCCGGCGGCAGCACAAGAUCUCCCCUCCCAGGACAAUGGGUCACCCUGAAUUUGAGCGGAUCUUCAGAGCUCAGGUGAAUUGCUCGGAGUACUUCCCAAUCUUCAUCUCACUCCUCUGGGUUGCUGGAAUCUUCUUCCAUCAAGGUGUGGCUGCAGCAUGCGGGCUGCUGUACCUCUACACACGCUUCAGGUACUUCCAGGGAUACGCUGUGGCUGCACAGGAACGGUUGGGGCCACUGUAUGCCAGCGCCUGGGUGCUGUGGCUGCUGCUGGGGCUGGCAGUGGCCGGGCUCCUGGCACACUUCCUGCUGCCCUGCUGCUCCCCGUGGAUGGCAGCGCUGGUGCAGCCCCUCCAGCUGCUCGGUGCCUGGUGAGAGGGGCCACGGCUCUCCCAAAACCCCCUCUUCACCCUCGGUGCUUACCUUUGAAGGGAGGUGGAUGCUGGCACUGCUCUGCAUGUGGAGCUCCACUCUUCAGAGGGAACUGCCCUUCUAGAAAGCAAACGAUGCCCAGCUUCUGCUCCUGAUGAUAAGCUUCAGCGCCAGGUUUCGUAGCACUGUGCUCUCAAACCUCUAAUACCUUUGGCUCUGCCUCACAGAGCAUGGAUUAACCUGCACACUGUCGUCACUCCUCCUUACUGCUGUACUGAUUGAUGUUGAAUGAUCACACCAUGGAUAUACAGAAAAAUAAAUCCCUUUUCUCAGUAGAAAUCAGCUAGAAAUCACGUAGAAAUCACAGGAGAACCAAAGGUGCCUGGGGACUGCGCAGUGCUUUGGGAGUUCAGGUAUUGGUGAGUACUAAGGAAGGCUUCAUUUUGGGUUUAGGGGCUAUAGCUGGCCCGUGGUCCCCACGUAUACUUACCAGUCCUGGAGAAGGGUACAGAAGGGCAGAACAAGUGCUUCCCUGCCACAAGUGACUGUCGCUGCCGCACCAAAGCUUUAAAUUUAGCUUUUAUUACAGUGCACAUUAUUUUAUAUAUUUAUAUAGAGAUGUACUUGAAAAAUCAAAUGUAUCCAAUAAUAAAAAAUACAGCACAUGAAAGUAGUAUAAUGCAUUCCAGUGUAUAGCUGAAGAGACAGCGGGAUUUACACUAAUCCCUACUAGUUUUGAACUGGGCUACUUCUGCUUAGUUGUUCUUUUUUCUCCCACCCCC